GAAGUGGUGGCGAUCCCUGGGGAAGUCGAGGCCCGGGAGGGGGAAAGGGCCGCCCGGGUCCAGGCGUCCUGACCGGAAGCGGAGCCCGGGGUUCCUAUCGGCCCGGCUCCCACCCCUUCCCCUUUCCAAAAGAGCCGGAUCCAGUUGCUAUCCCGGGCGGGCCGCGCGGCCUUUGAUCAGACCGGUGACUGCGGGCAUUCUGGCCGCGGGAGGCUCAUUCAUUCGCCCCUGCGCGGCGGCUAGCAGGAAGCGCGUGCGCCGGAGGGGAAGUGUCUGGGCCAAGCAGGGACCCCGACAUGGAGCUGCGGGAGGAGGCCUGGUCCCCGGGGCCGCUGGAUUCUGAGGACCAGCAGAUGGCCAGUCAUGAGAACCCAGUGGACAUCCUCAUCAUGGAUGACGACGACGUCGCCAGCUGGCCCCCGACCAAACUGUCCCCGCCCCAGUCGGCGCCCCCGGCCGGCCCCCCGCCUCGGCCACGACCGCCCGCCCCUUACAUCUGCAACGAGUGCGGCAAGAGCUUCAGCCACUGGUCCAAGCUGACGCGGCACCAGCGCACGCACACAGGCGAGCGGCCCAACGCGUGCGCCGACUGCGGCAAGACCUUCUCGCAGAGCUCGCACCUGGUGCAGCACCGGCGCAUCCACACGGGCGAGAAGCCCUACGCCUGCUCCGAGUGCGGCAAGCGCUUCAGCUGGAGCUCCAACCUCAUGCAGCACCAGCGCAUCCACACGGGCGAGAAGCCCUACGCCUGCCCCGACUGCGGCCGCAGCUUCACGCAGAGCAAGAGCCUGGCCAAGCACCGGCGCUCCCACAGUGGCCUCAAGCCCUUCGUGUGCCCGCGCUGCGGCCGCGGCUUCAGCCAGCCCAAGAGCCUGGCGCGCCACCUGCGGCUGCACCCGGAGCUGUCGGGGCCUGGCGUGGCGGCCAAGGUGCUGGCAGCCAGCGUGCGCCGGGCCAAGGCGCCCGAGGAGGCGGGGGCGGCGGCGGACGGCGAGAUCGCCAUCCCGGUGGGCGACGGCGAGGGCAUCAUCGUGGUGGGUGCGCCGGGCGAGGGGGCCGCGGCGGCCGCGGCCAUGGCAGGCACAGGGGCCAAGGCGCCGGGGCCCCGCUCGCGGCGCGCCCCGGCGCCUAAGCCGUACGUGUGCGUGGAGUGCGGGAAGGGCUUCGGGCACGGGGCAGCGCUCCUGGCCCACCAGCGCGCCCAGCACGGCGACGGGCUCGGGGCGGCGGGGGGCGAGGAGCCCGCGCACAUCUGUGUGGAGUGCGGCGAGGGCUUCGUGCAGGGCGCGGCGCUGCGGAGACACAAGAGGGUGCACGCCGUGGGCGCGCCGUCGGUGUGCAGCCGCUGCGGACAGAGCUACUACCAGGCCGGCGAGGAGGGCGCGGACGACGCGGAGGCGGCCGGAGGGCGGUGCAGCGAGUGCCGCGGCGGGGAGGGCCGGUAGGGGCGGGGCCCGGGGUGGCAGGGUCCCUCGGGCCCGGCGGGGACGACGGCGCAGGACCCGGGACGGAGACGGACAGAGCCCCUCGCGGUCCUCGGAGCCGUGGCGCCCAGGCCACGCCCGCCCCCUGCCCCCGCCCGCCGCCUGUGUUCUUGGCCGGCCCGGGAUAGACAAUGUGGGACCGAGAGACGCUGGGACAUCGGGCGGACACUCCGCCCCCUUUUCUCCUGGUCGGAGGUGUGGACGGCAGCCGGCCCCCCGUUUAGAGGGGCCUCGCGGAGGGCGGGUCAGGGGCCUCCGCCCUUUCAGUUUUCUUCUCAUACCGCCGCCCGGCUCUGCCCGCCGUUAUUUUUUGGCCCCGCGGGCCCCACCCUGGUCCUCGCCCCGGUCCCUCCCCUCCUGGGCGUGGGGUAGUGGAGGAGCGCCAGAGCAGAGCUGGGCCCCGCUCCAGGCGUGCCCCUCAGAGUGGGGUCCCGUCUCUGUUCCUGGCCUGGGUGCGGUUGGGGAGGGGUGCGGAGGCAAUAAAUGGCACUAUCCUAUC